GAUCACGAAUUUUKCAUCUUUGCAUUCGAAAUCCAUCAUUCCAAUUCCGUGGUGGUCCAUGAAAGAUUCCAAAGAACGACUGCCGUCCCUGGCAUCCAUUUCUGCGCAACUUUUUCGAGAUCGAUAUUCGUCCAGYGCGGGCCGAUGGAACUUCCAAUGGAGGGCAAGGUAAAAGAACCGGUGAUACCAAUUUUCUACGGAAGCGAGAUAAUCUGUACUGUCCCGAUCACCUGGGUUCUGGGGAGAAAAGUUACGGAGAGGGCUGUCUUGGUGACAAAUAGUUUGGUCAAACAGCCAAGGCAGCUUCUGAAAGUGUGCGGGCCCCUCCAUCAACGUAUCUAAUAACUCAGGUGUGAUUCCAUCAUGGUUGUUCGAAGAAAUGUUUCCUGCUAUCCAUUUGUCACUGUUGGAACCGAAACACUUCUCUUUUGUGGCCGAGAACGACGACGAAGAUUCCGUUGAGUAGAUUMUGCUGUCAGUAGUCGUUAUGUUUCCUGGCUUCCCCCCAACUCGUGUAUGAAUUUCCGGCGUAUCGCUAUCUUCUAAGUUCUUUCUUUCUGUGCUGCUUGCUUGGCCCUCAUUUGUAAGUGAAGGAUUGAAUCGAGAACCAUCGGGUUUUGUUGUUUCGUUCGCAGUGCUUGRCUCCUGUUCUUUUGUUUUGUGGAGAGGGCCACCAAGCGAAUAUCCCAGUUGCGGUUCUUCCGAAAGCUCUCGAAYGGCGUCACCGAUGAAAUGGUUCAAGUGAGCCAUGCCCAGCAGUUGCCAUAGCAAUGAAACCACAAAGAUUACCUUGACAAGGGAAUUUYGAAGCAUCUUAAUGAUGRCUCUUGCCUUGGGUGAUUCAAGAGGGGUCGGUUUGCUUUUCUCUGCUUUGAAUCACCCAGAGGCAAUCGUCGUCGUUUCGUUUGGCUUGUUUCUCAAAAGGAGGAGAAAUGAGRCGAAAAUUAAAUUCUUGAUCCUGCGUUUCAAGUAUUCGUUCUCGUACGAAGUUUCCAGAAUUCAGAGCAAUUUUUACAGUCUACAACUGUUAUAUUUAAAAAGGAUGUGAACACMAACAUGAGGGGAAAAAGAACAGUUGUUUACUGCCUGUACUUACUGUAAAAGGGUUUUCGUACCGGUACAUAAAUGAAUCCAAGCUAUCACAGUUGGAAUUCAAAUUCAUCUCGAUCCAAUCAAAUCGAAUGUGAUGGAUGCGGCGGGCGAUUUUUCCUAACGGCUUCUAGRAAUUCUGUUCAGUCUGCCCGCCGCGUGGCUUCAAAGAAAUUUUGGCGCAGUUUUUCGUAUGGUACAGUAGGUWGUAARGGGGGACGGAUGACGAAGAACUACUGUAUUUCCACAUUCGGUACGUAUCUUUACUACUAAGCUACGUACCGUACGUGUUCGUCAUCUACGUACGGUAUGUUUUGAUUGAUCGAGCUGAUCGGAAGUUGCUGUUGCAGGGUUUUCCCACUAGCGGUCCCACUCACCGYACCUGUAGAGAAGGUAUGUACCAGUACGAGUACCCGUACUAUCACCGGCACGAGUUCGUGGGAGAACGAACUAUUACGAGAAUCGUAYCGUACGGUAUGUACCGGGGUUGGAUCUAUCUAUCUGGUAGGUGCGGUACGGGUACGAGUACUGUACGAUGCACCAGCUGCAUCAAAAUUCGAUCUUGGUCUCAACGGCGUACGAUUUUGGAGGGGCAAAUUGGCAGGAGCAAGCACAAACUCGAUCCUUCUUGUUUUCGUACCAUGGCAAUGUUUUGUUCCACCGCAGCCAAAGCUAUUCUUACCACGAUCGUCAUGUCGAGCACCAUUACCACAAGCGCAUUCGCAAUCGGUGAAGCCGGAAAACCCUGGGGACUCGCCGAGAAGAAGGAAUGGAGGGACACCCGCGUGAAGCAGCGCAGCUACUUCGAAGACGUAAUCCCGCGGGUAGAAAAACUCCGUGAAGACCGCAAGGACGCCUUCGAGGUAACGCACUACGGUGAUUUGCCGCACUACAAGGACAGCAGUGACGCAGAGUCCUGCGAGUUCUUCCCCCUCUUUGCCGUUCGAACACGCGACUGGGCCAAGGACAAGCCCAGCKUUUUGAUUACUGGCGGGGUCCAUGGAUACGAAACCAGCGGAGUCGAGGGGGCGCUGAUGUUUCUCGAAACCAAGGCAGAGGGAUACUCCAGUCACUUCAACAUCGUAGUAGCGCCCUGCGUCAGCCCCUGGGGCUACGAACGGAUCCAGCGAUGGAAUGCGUACGCGGUCGACCCCAACCGCUCCUUCAAUCCGGAUGGGGAAAUCGUAGAGGGGCGCUCGUUCAACCCGGAAGCGGCGACGGAAGAGUCGGCGGCCCUCAUCAAGUACCUGCGGGAAGACAUGAAGGACCUCAAUGGCAACCAGUGGAUCUGUCACCUGGAUCUCCACGAAACCACCGACACGGACGAGACGGAAUUCCGACCUUCCAAGGCGGCACGGGACGGCGAGACCUCGGAACCGGGCGAAAUCCCCGACGGCUUUUACCUGGUCCAGGACGAGACCAGCAUGAAGCCGGAGUGGUUCACCGCCAUGAUCGAAAAAGUGCGUUCUGUUACCCACAUUGCACCGGCGGAUGCGGAUGGAAACCUCAUUGGCGAGAAGAUCUCCCAGGAGGGGGUCAUCAAGAUUCCCUCCAACCGGAUGCUCGGAUUGUGUGCGGGGGUAACCGAUGCCCCGUACCGAACCACUACCGAGGUUUACCCCGAUUCGGAGAACGCCACCCCGGAGCAGUGCAACCUUGCGCAGGUGGCCUGCAUCGAGGGAGCGCUGGACUACAUCAUCAAACACGAACUUUCGGGUGCGGCAGCCACCACGACCGCCGAGAACUAACUCCGUGAAUCCUUAGAAAUCCACCCAUGAAUACUAGGAUGCCCAUAGAUAGAUACUG